UACGCCAAUGGUUAGCUGAAAUACUGUACCCGGACCAACAAUUACCUAAUUCGCAAGUUACUGGUGUUCCUUUCGACCGCCCUAACCGGUCUACCGGGAUUCUUGCUUGCUGUAUUCAGUUGCAAAUGCAAUCUAUCUUCUCUUCUUAUUUACAGUGUCUCAUGUAAUUCAAUUUACACUUUAAUAUUCAUUUACUUACGAAUUACGACCCACCCAUCAUGAUUUCUCUGUCAUCAUCAUCACCCUCACCAUUAUCCCUCUUAAAAUCCUGCAAAACCAUUCGAACCCUCGAACAAAUUCACGCCCAAAUCAUCCGUAAAGGGUCCGAACAAGAUCACGUUCUUAUAAGCGAAUUCAUCUCUAUAUGCAACUCACUCUAUCCCAACAAAAUCACCUAUGCUGGAACUGUUUUUGACCGUGUUCUUCAACCCAAUAUUUAUCUUUGGAACACCCUCAUUAAAGGGUACUCUACCUACUCUUCUUUUGCCACGUGUUUCGGAUUUUUUCGACGUAUGAAACAAAGUUGUGUUUGUGCGGAUAAGUAUACUUUUCCGUCGAUUAUUAAAGCUUGUUCCAGUGUUGUGGCAUUGAAAGAAGGGCGGGUUGUUCAUGGGUUGAUUGUUAAGUGUGGUCUGGAAGAUGAUGUGUUUGUGGGGUCUAGUUUGGUUGAUUUUUAUGGGAAAUGUGGUCAGGUUUUUAAUGCACGUAAGGUGUUCGAUGAAAUGUUUGUGAGAAAUGAGGUCACUUGGACGUCUAUGAUUGUCGGGUAUUCGAGUACUGGGGAUUAUUUAGAGGCCAAGAAGUUGUUCGAUGAAAUGCCUGAAAGAAAUGUUGCCUCAUGGAAUGCGAUGAUUAAUGGGUUUGUUAAGUCAGGUGAUUUGGUUGGUGCGAAGUUGUUGUUUGAUGAAAUGCCUGAGAAGAAUAUGGUUUCGUUUGGUACGAUGAUUGAUGGGUAUGCGAAAUCUGGAAAUAUGGCGUCAGCACAUGCUUUGUUUGAUCAAUCACCCGAGAAAGAUAUUGUUUCGUGGUCUGCGAUGAUAUCGGGGUAUGCACAGAAUGGUCAGCCUAAAGAGGCUGUUAAAAUGUUUAAUGACAUGCUUUCUAGGAACGUUAAGCCGGAUGAAUAUGUGAUGGUGAGUUUAAUGUCCGCAUGUUCACAAACCGGAGACUGGGAGUUGGCUAAGUGGGUCGAUUCUUAUUUGAGCGAAAGUUCGAUUGACCUUGGUCAACAUCAUGUGACCGCGGCAUUAGUAGACAUGCACGCAAAGUGCGGGAAUCUAGACAGAGCGGCAGCGUUCUUUGAUAAAAUGCCUACGCGCGACUUAGUAUCUUAUUGUUCGAUGAUACAAGGACUGUCGGUUCAUGGUCAUGCGGUUCAAGCUAUAGCCCUUUUUCGUAAAAUGUUAGCAGAAGGGCUGACACCAGACGAUGCGGCCUUCACGAUCAUUUUAAGUGCGUGUAGUCAUGUUGAUCUUGUUGAUGAAGGUUGUCACUUUUUUGAAAUUAUGGUCAAUGAAUACUCUAUUGCUCCGUCUACCGAUCACUACGCGUGUAAAGUGAGUCUUCUUGGUCGUGCGGGAAGGUUAAGAGAGGCGUAUGAUAUUCUUAAAGAGAUGCCCAUGGAACCGCAUGCGGGUGCUUGGGGUGGUCUUCUUUGGGCUUGUAGGAUACAUGGUGAUGUGGCGUUAGGAAAAGAGGUUGCGGAUCGACUUAUUAAGAUUGAGCCUCAGAAUCCUGCGAAUUAUGUGUUGUUAUCUGAUAUUUAUGCGGCUUCAAAUCAAUGGUCUGAUGUUCACCAUGUAAGGAAUUUGAUGAGCGAGAAGGGGAUCCGAAAACUUUGUGGGCGUAGUUGGAUUUAACGCUCCUCGUUAAUUUCGUUCUGUUCGGAAUAUUUAGCUCCUACUUUCAAAUGAUGACGGCAACGUCUCAUGAACAUAGAACACCGGCAUUCACCAAUUGUAUAUCUGGCUGCCUGAGGCUAUGUUAUUCUCGUUUUUCACCGGACGGAUAUGUUUAUGACUUUAUGUUAUUGUGGUUUCAGUUC